AUGCCUCGCGGAAGAUCAACCUUAGGUCGUCGUGGACGAGUAAUUGGAAAUCAAACUGCGGAAGGACGGGAUCAACGAACGAGCGAAACAGACAACGAAUGGCUCGAGUACAUGCCGAGGAAGCAGCAGAGCGAAGCCAGACUUGAAGAUGUACGGUUGCGAGCAUUGCUCGAAAUUGGAAGCAGAAUGGUGCCGGUUGAUCUGACCUCAGGACAAAUUUUAUUGCCUCGUAAUUUCUGCAAUUUAGUGACGUCAAAAGAAUUGUUUUGAAAAAGUAUUUCCCAAUAUUAAAACUAAUUUAAGAAUCACGAUUAGCUGAAUGAUAGAGUUAUUCUUGCAGUCAGAAAUAAAACGUCUACGAAC